AUGAUGAGAAACAAUGCCACUGAUCCUGAGGAUAAGCUCGGCGUGCAACAGGUCGAGGCGACUGAGGAUGCACAACUCGCCCAUCUCGCUGACCAAGAGGACCACGACACUGGCAUCUGGAAAUCUUUCGUGAAAUAUCCGUGGGCAUGCGCCUGGUGUGUUUAUGCCUGCUGGUGCAUCAUUCUCGUUAGUUUCGAUGUCCAAGCUGCCGGUAGCGUUAUCGGCAUUCCGCAAUUCCGCAAAGACUUUGGGCACAAGUUCGGAGACAGCUAUGUUGUCCCAGCCAAAUGGCAGUCUGCUUUCAGUGGAGCACCGGUUGCUUCAGCUGUGAUUUCCUCCCUCAUUUGUGCCGAACUGGCCGACUGGAUUGGCCGAAAGAACGUCCUCAUAGGUUCUCUCAUUAUUUCCGUGGCUGCUGUCGCCAUCGAGUUUGUUGCCACCUCAAACCUUGUCUUCUUCUUGGGAAAGCUCUUGAAUGGCGUCAUGGUUGGCGGAGUUGCAACAACCAUGAUCAGCUAUAUUGGAGAGAUCACACCCUUAGCCCUCCGCGGCGUGUUUACAUGUGGCGUUGGCGUGGCUUAUGGCAUCGGCCCAUUAGUCGCUUUUAUCGUCAUCAAUUACACCGGUGACGUCGAGACGCGUUGGGCCUAUCGGACAGUUUUCUGUUGUCAGUGGGGAUUUGCCGGCGUUGCGUUGCUGCUUAUUCCUUUCAUGCCUGAGUCGCCAUGGUGGCUCGUUUCGAAAGGUAAAAAGGAGAGAGCGCUCCGAAAUCUCCAAAAACUCGGCUAUACUGGCGAAGUUGGCCACAAGAAGCUUGCACUUAUCGAGCUCACACUGGAACACGUCCGCACAGAAACCGAAGGCGUUACUUAUAUGGAGUGCUUACGAAAAUCCAACCUUCGCCGUACCAUUAUCAGCAUUAUGCCAUUGUCCAUUCAGGCGCUGUCUGGAAUUGCAUUUGUGGCUGGGUACUUUACCUACUAUCUUCAGUUGGCAGGCUACUCGACUACCAUGAGCUAUCGAAUUCAAAUAGCGCAACCUGUUUUAUCCAUCGUCGGCAAUUUGAUGGCAGCUGCCAUGGUUGACAGGGUUGGCAGACGAGACCUGACCUUCUGGGGUCUUGUCAUCCUCACUAUCUUCCUCCUAAUCACGGGAGGGCUGGGACUAGGAACCUCAAAGCCUGCCAUCACGGGAACAGUGGCGUUCAUACUUAUCUAUAGCUGGUGGUACAAUGUGUCCAUUGGUUCCACGGCAUUCUCCCUCCUUUGCGAAGUCUCUACAUCACGCCUUCGUGUCAAGACUAUCGCUAUUGGAUAUGCGCUGCAGAAUUCCAUCAACGUCAUGUGGCAGUUUGUCAUCCCGUUCAUGUUCAACCCUGAUCAAGGAAACCUGGGCGCAAAGGUGGCAUUCAUCUUUGGUGGCUUGUGCCUCUUUGCUCUGGCAUACCUCUGGUUUUAUCAGCCCGAGACCGCUGGAAGAUCGUACCAGGAGUUAGAUGAAAUGUUCGCUCGGGGUGUGCCUGCCAGGAAGUUUAAGGGAUACAAAACUGAAGCCCAGAUUCAGAACGAGGCUGCAGCGCAGGGCUUGGAGAAAGGACUAUGA